UCAUAGUUAUUUGUGAAGAAUUGUUGGUAUGACAAAACAGUAUCCCUAAAGGAAAUUCCCGCCAAUUCCUACCUUUUGGUUUGAGUCUUAGAACCGAAAAAGUGAUACUUCAAAUCUACUUUACAUUUUUAUUCAAAAAUUUAUUUAACUGUCAUCCCGAUUCUUUUAAUACAAGCGUAAUGGAUUCUAGUAGCCCAGCACGCUCUGAUAGACAUACAGAGGCAAUGACAUCUCCUGCACCAGAAAUAGAUGAACCAUUUGAAGAUGAAGCAGAUUUACUUGGUAAUGACAAUGAUGUUAAUCAGGAAGAAGAAGAAGAAGAAGGAGAAGAAUUAUUUGGAGAUAAUAUGGAAGCUGAUUAUCGUCCAAUGCCAGCAUUAGAUAGAUAUGAUCCAGAUGUAGUGGAUGAUGAAGAGUACUCAGAAAUGUCUCAAGGAGAACGUGCAGUUGCUGAAGCCAUUAUGCUUAAAAGAGACAGAGCUGCAGGAAUUAUCAGAGAUGAUAGAUAUUUACUUUAUGAUGACAGUGAUGAAGAAGAAACACAUGCCCGUAAAAGGCGUAUGGCUGAAAAAGCAGCAGUAGGUGAGAUAGAAGAUACAGAGAUGAUUGAAUCUAUUGAGAAUUUGGAAGAUACAAAAGGUCAUUCAGUUAAAGAGUGGGUGUCUAUGUUAGGACCAAAAACUGAAAUCUCCAAUCGUUUUAAAAGUUUUCUUCGUACACAUACUAAUUCAAAAGGACAAUAUAUGUACAAAGAACGAAUUCGUCACAUGUGCGAGAGUAAUCAAUCUAGCUUUGUUGUGGAGUUCCCUAUCCUUGCUAGUAAAGAACAUGUUUUGGCUUAUUUUCUACCAGAAGCUCCAUUUCAAAUGUUAGAAAUAUUUGAUGAAGUUGCAAAGGAACUAGUACUAAAUAUAUUUCCCAGCUAUGAAAGAGUUACUGGUGAAAUUCAUGUCAGAAUAUCAGAACUGCCAUUAAUAGAAGAAAUUCGUACAUUUAGGAAAUUACAUUUGAACCAAUUAGUACGUACUCUAGGAGUUGUUACUGCAACCACAGGAGUAUUACCACAAUUGUCUGUUGUAAAAUAUGACUGUACAAAGUGUGGAUAUGUACUUGGUCCUUUUGUACAGCAUCAAAACACUGAAGUUAAACCUGGCUCAUGCCCUGAAUGUCAAAGCAUUGGACCUUUUAUGAUUAAUAUGGAACAAACAAUAUACAGAAACUAUCAAAAAAUUACAAUUCAAGAAUCACCAGGCAAAAUUCCCGCAGGGAGAAUACCCAGAAGCAAAGAAUGUAUUCUUUUAUCAGAUCUCUGCGAUCGCUGUAAACCUGGAGAUGAAGUAGACGUUACCGCUAUUUAUACGAAUAAUUACGAUGGUUCCUUGAACACAGAACAGGGUUUUCCUGUAUUUGCAACGGUCCUUCUUGCUAAUCAUUUACAAGUAAAAGAUUCGAAAGAAAUUGUAGAAUCCUUAACCGAAGAAGAUAUUUCUAGUAUCAUUAAUUUAAGUAAAGAUCAUCGAAUUUUGGAUCGCAUUGUCGCAAGUAUUGCGCCUUCAAUUUAUGGUCACGAAUAUAUAAAAAGAGCUUUAGCUUUAGCAAUAUUUGGAGGCGAAUCAAAAAAUCCUGGUAACAAACAUAAAGUAAGAGGAGAUAUUAAUGUGUUAUUAUGUGGAGAUCCAGGAACAGCUAAAUCUCAAUUUUUGAAAUAUGUUGAAAAAAUUGCACCAAGAUCAGUAUUUGCAACAGGUCAAGGAGCUUCAGCUGUGGGAUUGACUGCUUUUGUAAGAAGGUCGCCAACUACUCGAGAAUGGACAUUAGAAGCUGGCGCCUUAGUCCUUGCCGACAAUGGAAUCUGUCUUAUUGAUGAAUUCGAUAAGAUGAAUGAUCAAGAUAGAACAUCUAUUCACGAAGCUAUGGAACAACAAAGUAUUUCUAUUUCAAAAGUGGGAAUUGUUACAUCACUUAAUGCUAGAUGUUCAGUAAUAGCUGCAUCCAAUCCUAUUGGAGGCAGAUAUGAUGCUAGUAUGACAUUUUCAGAAAAUGUGGAUUUAUCAGAACCAAUUUUGUCUCGUUUUGAUAUUCUUUGUGUAGUAAAAGAUGAAAUAGAUCCUAUGCAAGACCGGCAUUUGGCUAAAUUUGUUGUGAAUUCUCAUAUCAGACAUCAUCCGUCAAAUACAGGAAAAGUAACAUCAACAACACAAGAAAAGACAAAUGAUAUAUCUAUUCCACAAGAUCUUUUAAAAAAAUACAUAGUUUAUGUGCGACAAAACAUUCAUCCUAAAUUAACAAAUAUUGAUCAAGAUAAGGUAGCAAAAUUAUACAGCCAAUUAAGACAAGAAAGUUUGGCCACUGGAAGUUUACCAAUUACCGUACGACAUAUAGAAAGUAUUAUACGUAUGGCCGAAGCAAGUGCUAAAAUGCAUUUACGUGAUCACGUUCAAGAAGGUGAUAUUAAUCUUGCUAUCAGAAUGAUGCUUGAUAGUUUUGUUGAUACACAAAAAUAUUCGGUAAUGAAAAGUAUGCGCCAGACAUUCCAGAAAUAUCUGUCAUAUAACAAAGAUCACAGUGAACUUCUGUAUUAUAUACUUAGGCAGCUUACAUUAGAUACUUUAGCGUUUCAAAAAGCGAUACACGGAAAUUGUAUUACAACGAUUGAAGUUUCAGAAAAAGACUUAUUGGAUCGGGCUAGACAAAUUGAUAUAUGCAAUCUUCAUCCAUUCUAUGAAAGUGAGAUUUUCAAAUCAAAUAAUUUCCUUUAUGAUGCAAAGAGAAAAGUAAUAAUACAAACACUUCCUGAAGGAAUUGAUGACUAAUGAAACACAAAAAUUGUCAGAAUAAAAUCAUAAUUUUAUUUACAACAUGAUAAUAUUUGUUAUAUAAACAUAAACUUAUACAGUGAAUUAUGUUUGGAUGUAAUAGUUCAAUA